AUGCGCGGGGCCAGGUCGAUUGCGUCCUGGACUCCGGGUUUCACUACAAGACAGGUCGCUCAACCGAAGCGAAACAUCCUAGGGAAUCUAUAUCCGGGGCCUUAUAGGCCUGUCUCUCCUUUUGCUGUCCAGAAUGGCUUGAUCAGAUUGUACUCGGGAGCCUCCGGGCCAGCCCGCAAUACUCACAACUGCUCUCUACGCCAGCCUUUUGAAUUCGCACCGCCGAUUUACAACAAUGGUAAAAUGCGCACUGAUUCUUCUUCUCGCAUCGCCGAUCAAGUACGACUCCUAUCCACCACACGGUGCUCGUUACAAGCGAAACCGACAACUCCGACGAAACCAAACACAGACGGUACAUCUACGCUUGACAAGGAUAACGAGGAUGUUGAGAAAGGUUUCGAACUCUCAGAAAAGGCAGCCCAGGCGGCUCAGGUUAAUCUGAGCGCGAGGCUGGCCAAGGAUGGUGCUGGUGGAAAGAAGUCCGGUUUCCGCGAGAUCUGGAGACUUCUUAUGAUCGCACGCCCUGAGGGCAGGAAGCUCGCUUUUGCCUUCAUGUUCCUGCUGAUUUCGUCAUCGAUCACCAUGUCUAUUCCGUUCUCCAUCGGGAAGAUUAUGGAUACAGCGACAAAGUCCAAGGAAGAAGGAGGCAAUGAGCUGUUUGGUUUGAGCCUUCCGAUGUUCUAUGGUGCACUGGCUGGAAUUCUUGCUUGCGGUGCCGCUGCAAACUACGGUCGUAUCAUCAUCCUGCGUAUUGUAGGAGAGCGCAUCGUUGCUAGACUCCGCUCCAAGCUCUUCCGUCAGACCUUUGUGCAAGACGCAGAGUUCUUUGAUGCGAAUCGCGUUGGUGAUUUGAUCUCUCGUUUGAGCUCUGACACUAUCAUUGUCGGGAAGAGUAUCACGCAAAAUCUGUCGGAUGGAUUGCGAGCUGCCGUCAGUGGUGCUGCCGGAUUUGGGUUGAUGGCGUAUACUAGUCUCAAACUUUCUAGCAUUUUGGCUCUGUUACUUCCCCCGAUUGGACUUGGUGCUUUCUUCUACGGUCGAGCGAUCAGGAACCUCAGUCGUCAGAUUCAGAGGAAUUUGGGUACUUUGACCAAAAUUGCUGAGGAACGUCUGGGAAAUGUCAAGACCAGCCAGUCUUUUGCUGGAGAAAUCCUUGAGGUUAACCGCUACAACAAACAAGUUCGAAGGAUAUUUGAGCUUGGAAAGAAGGAAUCCUUGAUUAGCGCGACAUUCUUUAGCUCUACGGGCCUCAUGGGAAAUAUGACGAUAUUGGCUUUGCUCUAUGUUGGAGGGGGCAUGGUUCAAUCUGGUGGUAUCAGUAUUGGAGAAUUGACUUCUUUCCUGAUGUACACUGCCUAUGCUGGUUCUAGCAUGUUCGGUCUAUCCAGCUUCUAUUCAGAACUCAUGAAGGGUGUUGGUGCGGCCAGUCGACUGUUCGAACUACAAGAUCGUCAACCGACAAUACCACCGACGAAGGGCAAGAACGUCGAGUCUGCACGUGGACCCAUCCGCUUCGAGAACGUCUCGUUCAGUUACCCCACAAGACCGGCCGUUAGCAUCUUCAAGGGUCUUGAUUUUGAGAUUCCCCAGGGAACCAAUGUUGCUAUCGUUGGACCUUCGGGAGGAGGGAAGUCAACUAUCGCUUCCAUUCUUCUUCGUUUCUACACUCCUACUGAGGGUAAGGUUCUCAUUGAUGGCAAGGACAUCACCGAAAUGAACGCCAAAUCUCUCCGCAGGAAGAUUGGUGUCGUGUCGCAGGAGCCUGUUCUUUUCUCAGGCUCCAUUGCUGAGAACAUUUCAUAUGGGAGACCGCAUGCGACAAGAUCGGAGAUUGUUGCGGCAGCUCGGAAGGCGAACUGCCAAUUCAUCAGUGAUUUCCCUGACGGCCUUGACACUCAAGUCGGCGCAAGGGGCGCCCAACUUUCCGGUGGUCAGAAGCAGCGUAUUGCCAUCGCCCGUGCAUUAAUCAAGGACCCUGACAUUCUCAUCCUGGACGAAGCAACAUCUGCUCUCGACGCGGAGUCAGAGACCCUUGUAAACAGCGCGCUCGCAGCCCUUCUCCGUGGCAACAACACAACAAUCAGUAUCGCCCACCGACUCUCCACUAUCAAGCGCUCGGAUACAAUCAUCGUCCUUAGCCCCGACGGAACCGUGGCUGAACAGGGAAGCUACGAGGAGCUCAGCUCCUACCCAGAUGGUGCUUUCACGAAGCUGAUGGAGUGGCAAAUGAGCGGUGGUGAUGCGUCGCAUCCCCCUAAGACAGCUCCCGUCAGCCCUGAGACGGAAGAGAAGCUCUCGGAGCUUGACAGUGGAGAGCCUGAGAGACAGCAUAAGGAGUAA